AUGGGCUCUCAGGAUGAACCGUCUGUGAAGAGACGGGAGUCUCGAUCGGGGACAAGAAAAGUCUCGACUCUGUCAGUGGAACAACUAGAGCGGAAGCGUGCCAACGAUCGAGAGGCUCAGCGGUCCAUUCGUCAACGCACCAAGGAGCAUAUAGAACAACUCGAAGCUCAGGUCGCCACGCUCCAGUCACAGAUUGCCGAGAUGCGGCCCCAAAACGAGCGGUUCGAUGAAGUCAUGCAACACAAUGCCUUUCUGGAGAAUGAAGUGAUCCGGUUGAAGCAUCAAGUUGCUUCUUUGACUGGCCGACCGGAAUUUGCAUCAAAUAACGAACCGAUGGUUCCAUUUCAAAGUGGAUGGUCUUUGGAACAAGCCUCGGAUAGUGCAUUGCCCAGCAGUCCAACAGCAGGGGCAUUAUUACCACCACACUUCACUGCAACAUCCCACACCCAAAGACCCUCAGGUCUGUCAGCACCGCGUCGAGCAUCUUCUCAGCAUGAUUGGCAGCAACCAUACCUGUCCACAAGAUCAACGUCGCUCGGCGCAACCUCUAAUCCAGAAUUUCCUAAUCGUAUGGAGCCAUAUCCCAUAGAUGGUCAAAUACAUCAAGGACAACAGAUCGGCCCACCCCAGCAACAGUCCGGAUCUUCUUUCUCCCAAUUUACUUACACUAACCGAUCGGUUUCCAUGUCGGGUGCCAGUCCGAUUCCUCAGCCAACGCCCACCCCGAUCUACCAAGCCUCCACAUCCCCAUACUCGCAACCAAUGCCUCAAGCGCAACAAGCGGAUCCGACAUACGAGUAUCCAUGGGCACCUUCAUCAUGA